CGGCGGCGGAGGCCGGAAGUGAGUUUCUCACGAGCCGCCUGUCUUUGGUGCUGAGGGUCCGCGUGGCAGGGAAAGGAACUGGCUGCUGAGAACUAUUUCCUGCACCUGUCAGAAGCAUGUAAAGGAGGAGCUGAGAGAUAGCAAAGGCCCCUGGGAGUGAACCUGGGUGUAGUUAAAGAUGGCAGACUAUGAAAAUCAGUCGUUGUCAGAGUCCGAGUCAGAAGAAUCGGUCAUCACUGACAAAGAGCUCCAGGCAGCAUUUUCCAGGGGUGCCCUGAAGCCAGGGCUGAAUGUUGUGCUUGAGGGGCACAAGAAGACUCUUAACAAUGUGGAUGGCUUGAAGCAAUGUUUGUGUGAAUUCAAGCAGCAGCUCGCCUGGGUGGAAAGGCUGGAUGUGACCUUGGGUCAGGCACCAAACGUCAUGAGUCCAACCUCAUAUCACACACCUGACAAAGCCACCGUCGACCCUGAGGAUGACUUCCAGCGAGAGAUGAGCUUUUACCGUCAGGCCCAGGCAGCGGUGCUGAAGGCCCUUCCUUGGCUACAUCACCAAAAAGUCCCCACAAGGAGGCCAGAUGAUUACUUUGCAGAGAUGGCCAAAUCUGACCAACAGAUGCAGAAGAUUCGACACAAGCUCAAGAGUAAACAGGCAGCAAUGGAGAAGUCUGAGAAAGCAAAACAGCUUCGUGCAUUGAGAAAAUAUGGCAAAAAGGUACAAACAGAGGUUCUGCAGAAGAGGCAAAAGGAAAAAGCAACUGUGCUGAAUGCAAUCAAGAAAUACCAGAAAGGUCUCUCUGACAAGCUGGAUUUCCUGGAUGGGGAGCAGCCACCACCACAUCAAGGGAAGAAGGAAGGAGAUGGUGGUCAACGAAUAAAGAAAGGACCAAACGCAAAGCGACGUUACAAGAAUCAGAAGUUUGGCUUUGGUGGGAAGAAGAAAAGCUCAAAAUGGAACACACGGGAGAGUCACAAUGACGUAUCCAGCUUCCGGGCUAGCGUGGCCCACAACAAGGGCCCUGGGAAAGCAGGGAAAAAAGGUUCCAAUAAGAGACCGGGCAAAAAGAUGAGGCAGAAAAUGAAGAGUCGAACCUGAUAAGGAUUGAGUGGAUGGACCCUGCUCCCCAGUGGUUUUGGUUUAGUUUCUAUGUCUGUAUGAAUUGCAGGUGGUGGUCCUCUGGAGUCUUCAGGCAGUUCUAACUCCUGUAGACCAAGCUGGAUGGUGCCAUUUGAUGCAAAUGGUUGCAGUGGAAGUGCAUAUACAGUCACUAAUUAAUUCCUUUUUACUGUUAAUUUUCCUCCAAGAUUUUUUCUGCUUCUCAAGCCUUGGGCCUGGCAUAUGUGAACUUAUUAAAUAGUUUGGACAGAG